AUGCCGCCGACGACAACGGCGUCGCAGAAAGUCUCUCGCUACAGGAGCGUGAGACGCGCGCAGGAGCGACAGACGCAGCACUUGGGAGAGUUUCACCAGCAGCAGCAUUCUUCGCCGGCAGCGCCUCCAGUGCCUCCAAUGCCUGCUGUCCCCGAGACGCAUGCACAAAGCGACGCGCCGCUGAGCAGGAGCAUGAGCCGUUACCACCGUCGCCCAACGACUGCGCACGCGACCAACCCCAAUUCUCCUCCCCCGUUGCGCUCCAGCACACAACCGCUACCUUCAGUCGCCCAGGCACCGUCGUCCCCUACUCGCAGUCGAGCCGUAAGCUCUCCCCAGCAUGCAUCGCACUCGGCGAACACUGGCCAGCCCCGCCCAAGGACCACCGAAAAGCGCUCAGAUGCCUCGCCUCCAGUAUCCCGUUCCGCGCGAGAGCAUUCGUCACGAGGCGAUGAGAGCGCAAGACUGCUCAUGCAACAGGAGAGGGAGCGCCAGCGACUGCUGAAGGAAAAGUAUGACGCCGAGGCGCGCACAGCAAGGGACGCGAGGCAGGCAGAGGUGGACAGACUCGACAGGCUGCGACAUGAAGAGGAUGAGGCAGCGCGUCGGCAGGCUCAGCAAGAAGCCGAGGAAGCGGAAACAUUGCGCCAACUGAAGGAGGACGAAAAGGUCGAGCAGGAGCGCGGGAAGCGACUGCGCAAGGCAGAAGUCCACCGAAUGAUUCAGCAAAGGGAAGAGGAAGCUCGCGCGGCGAAGCUGGAGGAGAAGGAGCGCAAAGCAAGGCUUGCAGAGCAAGCUCGCCACGCUACAUCAUCUCCUCCAACAUCACCGCCCCGGCACCAUGACGCAGGAUUUGGGCUGUUCAAGCGACGGAGAGACAAAGGGCUUACUGCUGACGUUGCUGAAGUUGCUGAAAAGCCCGCGAGUCCACCACGAAGAAGCUUCAGUUUUGGAGACCGCGAGUCCGAGACUAUCAUCAGGCCGGGCGGCGGAGGUGCAGUCUUGGGCAUUGACGCCCCUACAUCUGCUGUGAAUGCUGGCGACAGACGCGUGACAGUUACAUGCAACCGAAAGCGCAUUCAGCUCCCUGUUACCCCUACGACUACACCCCUAGACCUCAUCAAAUCUGCUGCAACUAUUCUCAGCGAGUCAAUUGACAUUCGAACAGCUGCUGUAUCCGAAUUGGUUACCAAAGUCAGCGUAACGCGGCCGCUGCGUAAUUACGAAUACGUCCGAGAUGUAAUGAAUUCAUGGGAUUACGAUGGCCAGAACGAACUCACCAUCAUCGAUUCACAACUUGACGGAAUUGAUCAAGAUGACUUGCUCUCCUACAAAGUACCAGACACUCGGCCAGAGGGAAUGUCGUGCUUCAUCCAGUACUCGUCGAGGCCCGGCAAGUGGACCAAGCGCUAUUUGACACUUCGUCCAGAUGGCCAGCUGGUGAUGGCGAAAAACGAGAAGGCGAAAGAAAAGGACCAGGAUAAUAUUUUGACGCUCACCGACUACGAUAUUUAUUCCGUCACUCAACAGAAGCUGGGCAGGGUCAAACCGCCAAAGAAGAUAUGCUACGCUGUGAAGAGCAUGCAAAAGUCCAACAUCUUCGCGGACGGGUCGCAGUAUGUCCACUUCUUUUGCACCAACGACAGAAACACCGCGACCACUUUCUACAAAGCUCUACAGAGCUGGAGAAGUUGGUACUUGAAGCAUCAGAAGGGCGAAGGCCUGAAGAAGGAUAACCACGUGUCUAGAGACGCACCUGGAAGCGCCGGCAAAGCACAGAUGGCAGCCUCGCACGCCCGAGGCGAAUCUGUGGGGUCACAUUAUCAAUUGGGCGCAUUCUCAUCUCUAUUGAACAUGGAGGAUUUGAACAAGUCACUAGACGCUAUCGAAGUACACAAACCCGGAGAGUAUCCUGACAAUAAACCGCUUGGACGAUUCGACACAAAGGCCAUGCAUGCAAGAAAGAAGUCAUUACGAGUCAGGCAACCGCCUCCUACAGCCUUUAAUAGAAAUGCAAUCGCUACGGAAGGCACAUCACAAUCUAGCAACCGGCAGGAUGCAGGACACCAAAAGGGCGACUCGCAGGAAGAAAACACGUUCGCUGCUGGAGGUCUUCUUGGUAGAACGUACACACAACGCCAGGCAGCAGCGCAAGCCCGUGAGCAGCAGCAACAACAACAACAACAACAAGGAGCGUUCACCGAGGGCCCCUCGUUACUCAAUAUGAACCGUGUGGCACAAGUAUCAGCAAACGAUACUGCUCUGAAACGCAAUGCUUCGGUCCGAAGCACGCAUCACCGGCAGGCUUCAGGCGACCUUCAACGCAGUGCAUCGAAACGGAUUCCAGGUUUGCCGGAGCCUUUGAUUGACUUGACCCCACAGUACCGUCCUCCGCCUCAAUUUGAAAAGAAGGGCAAGGGCUAUCACCCCGGGGCUGCAGCGGGGCCGCUGGUCGAGAGCGCUACGUCCAUGGAAGAAGCGAUCAAGGUCCCAUCAGCGAACGAUUGGCGGGCACGUCCAACAACGCGUGCUGCACAUGGCACAUAUGGCACAGGUGGACAUGAGCGCACACGGUCGCUCAAAGGCCGCGGCGAGCCAUUGGCAGCGUACACACAAAACAACCAUUUGAGUGCUCCUGAGGAUGAAAGAGGCGCAUUUACAGGCGGCGGACUGGUGACCUCUGCUGGCUAUGCUUAUGCUCCUGUGGGACGUGGAGUCAUGGACGGAUCCAAGGCGAAAGGCCCUAUGAUCAACCUUGCCGAGAAUAAUCAGUUUGCUUCAGGCAGUCUGCUGUCUGCAUUGCCGAACACGCCUAUACCCGCGCCUGUCAUUGAUCGAUCUGGCAAGUAG